AUGAUUAAGUUUGCAGUGGGGAUUAUAUGCUACUACAUUGUGUACUGCUCAUAUCACGUAUAUCAAAAUGUAAGGACCCCCGUGUAUGAACACACAAAGGAUGGGAAAAAAAAAGAAGAGGUCAAGGAAGGACUACACGUGGGGGAGAAAUAUAUUCAUAGACCGUUCACAAAUUUUUUCAAGCAGAAGGACAUAGUGGAUUAUCACCUCUACAUGUCUUGUGAAGAAAAUAUUGACUUGAACAAAUACGUAAGUGAGAAAGAAAAGUUUUUGGAAAAAAAUAAAAAUUUUAUUAACGUGUAUAAUUUUAGCAACGUUUCAUAUGAUUGGAAUUAUAGUCAUCCUGCACAGGGAGAAACCAAAUGGUGGGAUAUCCUCACCCCAAGGAAGUAUCCCUCCGUUAAGGUAACCAUCCCAAGGAAUCUCAUAAAGAAGAACAAAGAAAUUUACCUGCACAUACUUACCUACGUGAAUGGAAAACUGUACAGACACGGCUACGUCACCCGUGCACUCACGAGGGAAAAACUCGGCGGGAAGAAGUGGACCCCCAAGAAAAAGUACCUCUGGGAGCGCCUCCUAGAGGAAGGUGAGGAAGAAGAAGAAAUCAAUGAUCAUGAGGAGGAGGACGAAACCGAUGAGGGAGAAGGUGACAGCAGCGAUGGUGAAGAGGACGAAGAAAAUGACCAGGAAACACAGACAGGUGACGCGUCAGAUCAUAAGCAAAGGAAACGCGGCAGCAAAGAGACCCAGGAAGGCGUAAAAAAAAAAAACAAAAAAAUGAAGCCAAAAAAAAAGCAAGUAAAAAAAAAAAAAAAAAAAAAAUUUUUUUACAUUCCCAAGAAGGUAAAAUUUGGGCCCGUCAUCGAGCAUAAGGACAUUAACGUAAAUAAAAUAGGUUUUUUUUCGAACAUAUUUCUGGACACGGAAAAUAGUGUCUACCUCCUGCCAACGUACUACAAUGAUCACCUGACCCCGGAGGAUGAAUAUGAACUGCUUCAAAUCGGAGGGGAAGGACACAAGGAAGACGCAGCAGUUGGAGGAAGAAAAAAAAAAAAAAAAAACACACAAGAAGAAGACAAGGUUACCCACACUAAUGACGACUCUACUCAGCGUGGAAAUACCAUCGAAAUUGAGUGCUCCCCAAUCAGCCUACCCCAGUACAACCUGUACAACAUUAUCCUAUUCAAUAUAAAUUACGCGAAAGAAAAAUAUAAAUUUGUGACAGACGAUUUGGAUAGCUUGGUCAUACACUUUUGUGGGAAUAGCUAUCUGUGCCUCAUCAUUUGUAUUCUUUGUUUCAUCCUUUUGUUAAUGGAUCUGGUGGCCUUAGCAUUAGACUGGUCUGGCUGGAACAGGAUGAAUGACUUAUAUGCCUUCUCAUCGGACGCCGUUCAUUUUAAGUUACUUUUCACCCUGUUUAUAUUACUUUAUUUGAAAAAUAAAAGUAGCUGCAAAAUAUUGAUGGUCUUUUGCGUGGCGAAGAUGGCUGUCUGUCUUUGGAAGUUGCUGGACCGGUACGACAUUGAAUUUAUGGAGGUUCAUCCGUACGUGCGCAUUACGAGCAACACCGGGGGGAGCAGCACUAGCGGUAGUAGCGGGGAAGACGGAAGUGAGAACCCAAUCAUCAGCAACGGCAACGGUGCGAACAAGCACAAGAAUCAAUCUCCAACCGAAGUGGAGGACAUCGAAAAAUAUAUAAAAAUGAAGAUACCAAAUGUGAUGAUCUGCACAGCAGUAUCCAUAUGUGCAUACAAUUUUAUAUACACGCAGUAUGACUCAAUUUACGCCUUCAUCAUUCACUCGGUUGCUCUUUGUUCUUACUUUUUUAACUUCCUUUUUAUGUGCCCCCAGAUUGUGCGAAAUUAUUACACCAAAACGGUGGAGCGCGUACCCCUUCUUUUUUUCUUCUUCCUUUUUUUAUAUGCCCUCAUGGAUGAUCUGUUUGUGCUCGUGUUGCAUAUGCCGAUUGUGCACAAGUGGAAUGCACUAGGUGACGACAUUGUGUUUUUUAUUUUUUUGGUGCAGUACUGCGUAUAUAAGAAGGGGCACUCCCGGGUGGGUCCCGGCGAGGUGGCCGCCACGCCCCAGGGUGUCAAGGCGCAACGCGAGUCCAAAAAGAAGAAAUAA